AAUAGCCAGCAACUGACGAGACAUAAAGUAGUAAGCACGCGGUACCCGAACUCAACAUGGAUUACGACUUCUCAAACAAAGUAGUGCUAGUAACUGGCGCGAGUGCCGGUAUAGGCGAGGCUAUAGCUCUCCUGUUCGCUAAACUUGGCGCGAAGCUGUCGCUGGUGGGAAGAAAUGAAUCCAACUUGCGAGCAGUCGCGGCCGAGUGUGAGAAGCAGAAGGGCGUGAAGCCGCUGGCGAUCGUCGCGGACCUGGGGACUGAUGAGGGGGUCCAGAAGACUGCUAAGGAGACACUAGAAUAUUUUAAGAGAUUGGAUGUCCUCGUGAACAACGCUGGUAUUGGCGUCGCCACAAAUAUCCUGCACGAGACAGACAUGCAGUUGUUUGACGACGUGUUCAGGCUCAACGUGAGAGGAGUUUACUACCUCACUAAGCUACUGGCCCCCGCACUCGUCGAGAGCAAGGGCAAUAUUAUCAACAUUUCCAGUGCAGCAGCGACCAUGGUUUCAACAGGUGGAGUGCCUUAUAGUAUGACGAAGGCUGCACUGGAUCACUUUACCCGCCUGGUGUCUCUGGAACUAGCCCCCAAGGGAGUUAGAGUUAACUCAGUCAGUCCUGGUAUCACUGAGUCAGAAUUCAUGAAACGUGCUAUCGGCGUCACGCACGAGCAAUAUCUGCAGUUUUUGGUAAACAUUAGUAAGAAGAUUCCUAUGGGAGCGCCUUGUGUGGGAGAAGACGUAGCUCGCAUGGUCGUGCACAUCGCCAGUGACCACAGCAGGCUGGUCACUGGUGCCGUUGUGGUGAUAGACGGCGGCUACAGGUUCAGCGGUCCGACGCCAUCAUCCGUUGUUACUUCGAGUAGAUAAAGUGAACUUUCAAAUUAUUUUUUGUAGCAUAAGAACAAUGCUGUGAUAAUUUAAUAAAAAACCAUAA